UAUUCUAGCAUCACGGCAGCAGGUUUCUGCUUAGUUUGGAGUUACACUCGUCACCACAACUGUAUGCCUGCUUGAAGGUGGUUUAAACACAGGGGCUCAGCAGCACAAGGAGUCUGCAUGUCCGCUUAGACAUGCUCAGCUUUGUGGAUACCCGGAUUCUGUUGCUGCUUGCAGUAACUUCAUACCUAGCAUCAUGUCAAUUCGCGCAGUUGGUUUCUCUGCCGCAGGGUGCCAGAGGAGACAAAGGACCUCGAGGUGACAGGGGUCUUCCUGGCCCUAAUGGAAGAGAUGGCAAACCCGGACUCCCUGGCCCCCCUGGACCCCCUGGUCCCCCUGGACUCGGAGGAAACUUUGCUGCUCAGUAUGACGGUGCUAAAGCUCCCGAUGCCGGCCCUGGACCCAUGGGUUUGAUGGGACCCAGAGGCCCUCCCGGACCUCCUGGACCCCCUGGACCUCAGGGACACACCGGACAUGCUGGUGAGCCCGGAGAGCCCGGACAAACAGGCCCUGUUGGUGCUCGUGGCCCUCCUGGACCCCCUGGCAAAUCUGGAGAAGACGGAAACAAUGGCAGACCUGGAAAGCCCGGAGAUAGAGGUGUCCCCGGCCCUCAGGGCGCUCGUGGAUUCCCCGGAACCCCUGGACUUCCCGGAAUGAAGGGACACAGAGGUUACACUGGUCUGGAUGGACGCAAGGGAGAGCCGGGUGCUGCUGGCGCCAAGGGCGAGCCUGGUGCCCAUGGAGCAGCUGGAAGCCCUGGACUGGCUGGCUCUCGUGGCCUGCCUGGUGAGAGAGGUCGUGCUGGCCCUGCUGGCCCCGCUGGUGCUCGUGGUGCUGAUGGCAAUGUUGGACCCGGUGGCCCUGCUGGUCCCGUUGGUGCUGCUGGUCCCCCAGGUUUCCCCGGUGGCCCCGGCCCCAAGGGAGACGUUGGACCUGCUGGACCUACCGGCCCAGGUGGAGCCCAAGGAUCCAGAGGAGAGCCCGGUCCUAAUGGUGCUGUUGGCCCCGUUGGUCCCCCUGGUAACCCUGGUGCUAAUGGCCUGAAUGGAGCCAAGGGAGCUGCUGGCACCCCUGGUACUACUGGAGCUCCUGGCUUCCCUGGACCAAGAGGAGGACCUGGACCCCAGGGCCUUCAGGGUGCUGCUGGACCUAGAGGCUUGUCUGGAGAUCCUGGUGCUCAGGGUGUUAAGGGAGAAAGUGGUGCCAAGGGAGAGCCUGGUAACGCUGGACCUCAGGGACCUCCUGGAUCUCAGGGUGAGGAGGGAAAGAGAGGCCCCACUGGUGAGCUUGGUGCUAGUGGCCCUGCUGGCCUCCGUGGAGCUAGAGGCGCUCCUGGUGGUCGUGGUGUGCCUGGUGCUGAGGGAAGAACUGGUCCCAUUGGCAUGCCUGGUGCCCGUGGUUCCACUGGUUCAGGUGGACCUCGUGGUCCUCCUGGAGAUGCUGGUCGUGCUGGUGAGCCUGGCCCAGCUGGUCUCAGGGGUCUCCCUGGAAGCCCUGGAAGCUCUGGACCCCCAGGAAAGGAGGGACCUGCUGGUCCCUCUGGACAAGAUGGUCGUGGUGGACCUCCUGGCCCUACUGGACCUAGAGGCCAGCCUGGAAACAUUGGCUUCCCCGGACCCAAAGGACCUUCUGGUGAGGCUGGUAAGCCUGGUGAGAAGGGAGGUACUGGCCCCACUGGACUGAGAGGAGCCCCUGGUCCUGAUGGUAACAAUGGAGCCACUGGCGCUACUGGGCCUGCUGGUGGUCCUGGUGAGAAGGGAGAGCAAGGAUCUGCUGGAGCUCCUGGCUUCCAGGGUCUGCCUGGUCCCGCUGGACCCGCCGGUGAGGCUGGCAAGCCUGGAGAGAGAGGUAUCCCAGGAGACCAGGGAAUUCCUGGAGUUGCUGGUGGCAAGGGAGAGCGUGGUAACCCCGGUGUAGCUGGAGCUGCUGGACCUCAGGGACCAAUUGGAAUCCGUGGACCUGCUGGAGCACCUGGACCUGAUGGUGGCAAGGGAGAGCCUGGUCUUGCAGGAGCUGCUGGUGCCCCAGGACACCAGGGACCUGGUGGCAUGCCCGGUGAGCGUGGAACAGCUGGUUCUCCUGGACCCAAGGGAGAAAAGGGAGAGCCUGGACACAAAGGCCCUGAUGGCAAUGCUGGAAGAGAUGGUUCCCGUGGUCUGCCUGGACCUGCUGGACCUCCUGGACCCACUGGAGCCAAUGGUGAUAAGGGUGAGAGUGGUGCUUUUGGCCCUGCUGGCCCUGCUGGACCCCGUGGAGCUUCUGGAGAGCGUGGAGAGGUUGGACCUGCUGGAUCUCCCGGUUUUGCUGGACCCCCUGGUGCUGAUGGUCAGCCUGGAGCAAGAGGAGAGCGUGGACCUUCUGGUGUGAAGGGAGAAGCUGGCCCCUCUGGACCCGCUGGACCUGCUGGACAGUCUGGACCUGCUGGUCCUUCUGGCCCUGCUGGACCUACUGGUGCCCGUGGAGAGAACGGUCCUACGGGUCUUCCUGGUUUCCCUGGUGCUGCUGGCAGAGUUGGUGCUGCUGGACCUGCUGGUAUUGUUGGACCCCCUGGUCCUGCUGGUCCCGCCGGUAAGGAGGGUCCUCGUGGUCUUCGUGGUGAUCCUGGUCCUACUGGUGCUUCUGGAGAGCAGGGAUUGCUUGGACCACCUGGUCCAGCUGGAGAGAAGGGACCCUCUGGAGAACCUGGUCCUGCUGGUCCUCCUGGUGCUCCUGGACCCUCUGGAUCUCUUGGAAGUCAGGGAUUCGUUGGUCUGCCUGGCGCUAGAGGAGACCGUGGUACACCUGGUGCCGCUGGUGCUGUGGGAGAGCCUGGUAGACUUGGACCUGCUGGUCCCCCAGGAGCCCGAGGUCCCCCUGGUAACAUUGGCCUGCCUGGUAUGACCGGACCUCAGGGAGAGGCUGGACGUGAGGGUAACCCUGGUAACGAUGGACCUCCUGGCCGUCCUGGUGUUGCUGGAUUCAAGGGAGAUCGUGGUGAGCCCGGAUCCCCUGGUGCCAUUGGACUUGCUGGUGCCCCUGGACCUGCUGGACCCACAGGAGCUGCCGGAAGACCUGGAAACCGUGGAGAGACUGGCCCAGGAGGAUCUGCUGGACCUGUUGGCCCAGCUGGAGCUAGAGGUGCCGCUGGACCUGCUGGACCUCGUGGUGAGAAGGGUGUUGCUGGAGACACAGGAGAGAGAGGUCUGAAGGGUCUCCGUGGACAUGCUGGUCUCCAGGGAAUGCCCGGACCUUCUGGACCCCCUGGUGACACUGGGCCUUCUGGACCUUCUGGACCUGCUGGACAAAGAGGACCUGCUGGACCCCACGGACCCGCUGGUAAGGACGGCAGAGCUGGUGCCCAUGGUACUAUUGGCUCUCCUGGUGCUCGUGGACCCCCAGGAUACGUUGGACCUGCUGGUCCCCCUGGACUUCCCGGUCCACCCGGACCUCCCGGCCCCUCUGGUGGUGGAUAUGAUGUUUCCGGAUAUGAUGAGUACAGAGCUGAUCAGCCCGCCCUGAGAGCCAAGGACUACGAGGUCGAUGCCACCAUUAAGUCACUGAACACACAGAUUGAGAACCUCCUCACUCCUGAGGGAUCCAGGAAGAACCCCGCCCGCACCUGCCGUGACAUCAAGCUCAGCCACCCAGACUGGAGCAGCGGAUUCUACUGGAUUGACCCCAACCAAGGAUGCCCCAAUGAUGCCAUCAAAGUCUUCUGUGACUUCACCACCCGCGAGACCUGCAUCUAUGCCCACCCAGAAAGCAUUGCCCAAAAGAACUGGUACAGAAGCACAGAGAACAACAAGCACGUCUGGUUCGGAGAGACCAUCAACGGUGGUACUGAGUUUACCUACAAUGACGAGACCCUCAGCCCCCAGAGCAUGGCCACCCAGCUGGCCUUCAUGCGCCUGCUUGCCAACCAGGCCAGCCAGAACAUCACUUACCACUGCAAGAACAGCGUUGCCUACAUGGAUGGUGAGAGCGGCAACCUGAGGAAGGCUGUGGUGCUUCAGGGCUCCAACGAUGUGGAGCUGAGGGCCGAGGGAAACAGCCGCUUCACAUUCUCCGUGCUGGAGGACGGCUGCACUAGACACACUGGUGAGUGGAGCAAGACAGUGAUUGAGUACAGAACAAAUAAACCAUCUCGCCUGCCCAUCCUCGACAUUGCACCUUUGGACAUUGGUGGAGCUGAUCAGGAGUUUGGUUUGGACAUUGGCCCAGUCUGUUUCAAAUAAAUAGACUCAUGAUAAAUUAACACCAAAAAGAGAGAAAGAACGAAAAAACGAAAUCUCUGCCCUUCUUUCUUUGUUGUUUUUUUUAUACCGAAUGCUGAUUUCUCUCUGAACAUCCACUUGCUUAAGAUGGGCAACUAUCGGAGAGGACUGAAAGGACUGAAUGGAGCGUUUGUGCAAUGCAAAUUAAUACAGCAACCCAAAGGGACGCGGGAAAACACCUUGUUGUGGGACAUCAUGUCAUCCUUUUGUAAAAAAUAAAAGAAGUGUAAUAAAAACGCUGAAAGUAUGCAUCACUCUGUGGUCUUUGUAUAUCUUCCAUCGAGGAGGUUUAAAACCACAAUUUCCACGAAAAAGGUUUAAACUACCUCAUGCCUGUACGGAAAGAAAAUAAUAUUGACAAAACCUGGGUCCACAACCGAGAUGUUAAGACUUCUAAUGCUUCGAGCUUUGUCCCUUAUUGGAAGGUGCUCAGUUACUUGAAGCAGACGUAUAUGGUGCUAGUAUGCAGCUGUGGAGCGAACCACUUUUUUACUGUAUUACUUUGUAUUGACAUUUGAGGAGUGUUGCAUUGGUCCCCUGAUACUCCCCCACUUUAAGCAGGUCCUAUGUUCCUAAACCUGAUGUCUGGUUCUUGUCUUACUUUGUUUUGUUUUGUUUUCUUUGGUUUUGUCUAGAAGGUUUAUUGUUUUCUUUUUGUUUUGGUGUUUUGUUUAGGCUUUCGAUUCCAAUCCCACAGCCAGCUUCAUACUGGCAACACAAUUUUCAUUCAAUGGUUUUUUGGCGGCCGCUCUCUCUCUCUCUCUCUCUCAAAAAAUGACACCACAAAGUCUAUUGUACCUAUUUUGUAUAUGUGAGAUGUUUAAAUAAAUUGUGAAAAGUUCUGAAAUAAAGCAUGUCCAAUGUUCCAAAACACACUA